UUCUUCACAUAAUUAUCACACCCGCAAUUAAUUCCCAUCUUCUAUUUUCUCUCUGCUUUUUUAAUUUCUCCACCAAUGCCUGACCGGAUCUCCGCUCGUGCACAGGAAGUUUCCGCCGUCGUCGCCAUAGAACAGGAACAAGUUGCGCCGUCUGGUUCCGAUGUUCCGACUCCUCAAGUGACGAAAAUGUCGUGGCAGAAUCUCCGGCGACACGACUCCUUGUAUUUAGAGUCUCGUAAACUCCAUGGUCGCGCUCACUCCGAGGACGACAAGAAGAAAUGGAGUGUCAUAUUACAACUAGCAUUCCAGAGCAUCGGAGUAGUGUACGGAGACAUCGGAACCUCGCCGCUCUACGUGUACGCCGGCAUCUUUCCGGAGGGAAUCAAGCACGAGGACGACGUUUUAGGAGCGAUGUCUUUGAUCUUCUACACCCUAACUCUCAUUCCAGUCAUCAAAUACGUGUUCAUCGUCCUCAGAGCCAACGACAACGGCGAUGGCGGAACCUUCGCACUGUACUCUCUGAUUUGCCGGUACGCGAAAGUAGGGCUGAUUCCAAACGCAGAGAUGGAGGAUGGAGAGGUGUCCAAUUACCAAUUGAAUUUGCCGAAUCGGAGACAGAAGAGAGCUUCGAGGAUUCAGUCGGCGCUGGAGAACAGCCAUUUUGCGAAGGUCUUUCUUCUCUUUGCGACGAUGCUCGGAACCGCCAUGGUUAUCGGCGACGGCGUCCUCACCCCUUGUAUCUCAGUUUUAUCUGCUGUGGGAGGGAUCACGGAGGCAACCCCUGCAAUGACAGAAGGAAGGAUUGUUGGGGCAUCAGUAGUCAUCUUGGUGUUUCUGUUCAUGGCUCAAAGAUUAGGAACCGACAAAGUUGGCUACACUUUUGCCCCAAUCAUCUUCAUUUGGUUUGCUUUCAUUGCUGCAAUCGGUGUUUACAACUUUUUCAAAUACGACCCAACUGUGAUCAAGGCCUUAAAUCCCGCCUACAUUAUUUAUUAUUUCCAAAGGAACAAAAAGGACGCUUGGAUUUCUCUCGGCGGCGUUGUUCUUUGCAUUACAGGAGCAGAAGCAUUGUUCGCCGACGUCGGCCAUUUCAGCGUCCGAUCGAUCCAGCUGAGCAUGUCCCUAGUGACCUACCCAGCUCUGAUCUGCGUUUAUGCAGGCCAAUCCUCGUUUCUUCGCAAGCAUAGUGAUCUAGUUUCACACACAUUCUACAAGUCCACUCCUGGAAGUUUGUAUUGGCCAAUGUUUGUGGUGGCAGUUUUAGCAUCAAUCAUAGCAAGCCAAGCCAUGAUCUCAGGAACUUUCUCUAUAAUUCAGCAGUCACUUUCACUUGGAUGCUUCCCAAGAGUUAGAGUGAUUCAUACUUCUGCUAAGCAUGAAGGCCAAGUUUAUGUUCCUGAGAUCAAUUACCUUCUCAUGUUGGCUUGUGUUUGUGUUACUUUGGUCUUCAAGAACACUGCAAAGAUCGGCAAUGCAUACGGAAUAGCAGUGGUGUUUGUGAUGACACUCACGUCCUCCUUCCUAGUAUUGAUAAUGGUAAUGAUAUGGAAAACNGGGAUUGUGUCGUCGGCAGUGGCGGCACAUCAGAUUAGGGUUUUCGUGAGGGUUUGGGCGGAGAAGACGUAG